CGGUGAUGAAUUUUCAGUUUUGAGAUAUUCGGCGGCGACCGUAUUUGAGGCAGUUUAUUGAUUUUCCGUCAAUGUUUUCAGUUUCCAAACAACCUCUGUUUCCUUCCUUUGGAUACUAAUUAUCACUAUUAUUGUUAUUUAUAACAAUGUUAUGUUGAGGGAUCAAAACAAACAAGUGAUGGAGGUGCUUCUUGUUCAGUUGUUGAGGGUGGCUUGGAUCACUGGUACAUUGCCUAUUAUCAUCGCUUCUAUCCCCACUCCCAGGUUGACCUGGUUCCGUAGAACCUUGUUGGGGUUUGCUAGGAGGGGAAAGAUCAUGCACUCUUCCUCCCAAAAAUUCACCGUUCCUCAGAGAUUCUUCUUGCACUUCUAUGUUGUGGCUUCCAUAUGGACAACGUUCCUACUUGUUACAACUUGGAUAUAUGCUUACAGAAUGGUACCAUUGGUUUCAGAGCCAUUUUCUUACUCUACUAUCACCAGCUACUUGACUGGAGGCUCAAGUAUAAGAACUGGUUCUGCUAAACUGCGCCAGACAUAUGUUGCCUGGCAAGCUGUUUUUCUGCUUUUGCUUGUGGACGUUCAAGUCCUCAGACGCCUUUAUGAAACCAUAUAUGUUUUUAAUUAUAGCUCCUCUGCUCGGAUGCAUAUCUUUGGUUAUCUCACUGGAUUGUUUUUCUACGUAGCAGCACCACUGUCGCUUUGUGGUGAUUGUGCAUUGGAGGUGUUUGACUUCCUAGUAAAUCUAGUGACUGAGUUCAUUGUCAAAGGCAAGAAUCAGAUGCCAGUUACAGAGUUCACAGAGUUCGAACUCUGGCAAGUUUUAAAUCCUCUCGUCAAGCUUGGGUGGAAGCAUUGGAUUGCUGCGGCUGUUUUUUCAUGGGGUUGGAUACAUCAAUACCGAUGCCAUAUGAUUCUUGGUUCGCUACGGGAUUCAAGACAAGUAGAGGAAUAUGUAAUUCCUCGUGGCGAUUGGUUUGAAAUCGUGUCCUCUCCACAUUAUCUCUCUGAAUUUGUUAUAUACGCUAGUUUUGUGGUCGCUACUGGAGGUUCCAAUCUAACAAUCUGGUUACUUUUUGUUUUUGUGGUGGCAAAUCUUACAUUUGCAGCUGUGGAAACUCAUGGCUGGUAUCGUCAAAAGUUCGAAGAUUACCCAAGUAAACGGUUUGCUGUAAUUCCAUUUAUUCUCUGAGAUUGAGGCAAUGUAUAAGUAUCACAACAGAU